CGUCGUCCCGAGGAUCCUACACGAGCCUUCCUCCUCGCCAUCUCCCCUCGGCCCCACCACAGAUCCUACCAAAAUCCUCGCCAACGCCCCAGUGCGUACCACCCGUUGGACGAGACGACCCGGCGGCGCGACGGCGGUGGCCCCCAACACGGCGCACAAUCCGUUCACUCGUAUAAAAAACCAUCGUGCACGCGUGUGGCGCGACAAAUCCAAAUCACUGUCCGACCCGCUGCCGGCAACAUACGACGAUAAAUUGUAAAUUACACUGUGUACGCGCUAAAGCCUAUCACAGGUAAUAUUGUUGAAAUAUUAUUAAUUACUACAACUUGUGUCGUCCAAUGCACUACCUAACGCGUCUCGUGUACCUAUAAUAUUAUGCCUACUGCAGCUAUAUCGGAAUAUCAUAUUAUAUUUUAUGUUUAAAUAAAAGUGCAACCCGCGAUCGUUGCGCCUGCAGUUUAUACAUGCGUAUAUUAUGCCCAGCGUAGAACAUUAUAUAGUCAUAAUAUCAUUUGGUUAUAGGUAUUUAUUUAUCACGUUUGCUGUAUAGUGUUUAUUCGCACGCGUAAGAACACAACACCUGUAUAAAUUGUCGCCGCGAUAUUUUAUAUUUACAUACGACGCCAGGCAGGUCACGACGACAUAUAUAACAUUAUAUUUUACACGCGUAUACAGCCCGACGACGACGACAAAUGAAAACAGUUGAAUAAAGAAGAACACAAUAUUAUAAUAAAAUAUUAUUUUGGCCGCAGUUGGCCGUUAAUAAUCGUGCGCUCCAUCGUUUUUGCCGGCAGACUGUUGACAUUCGUGGACCGGUGCAGAUGACCCACACAGCGUUGGCGUCCAAAGAGGAAGAACACAGCGGCGAUUGGAUCGACCAAGACGUCGGUAAUAAUCAAGAAAACAUUUGGUUAAAAAGAAUGAACUCAACUGAUAAGUUCCUCGAACCACCAACUGGAGAACAGAAAAUAAGCAGUGUUGUGUUUGACGUACCAAGGUCUGAAAUGAAAAGUACAGCUGAACCAAGCCAAUUGUAUGAACGGCAGCCAUGGCAAAAACUUGUAACGAUAUUCUUAGCUGAACUCUUUGGUACUGCGUUUUUAAUGUUCUUCGGUUGUAUGGGAUUAGUUCCUAAGUAUCCGGGUGGAGAACUUGGUCAAUACAGUGGUGCUAUUGCAUUUGCUGGUAUUGUAGCUGUCACUAUUGUUAUUAUUGGUCACAUCAGUAAUUGUCAUAUAAAUCCGUGUGUUACAUUGUGUGCAUUACUUCUUGGUAAAUUACCAAUAUUAACAGCUAUUGUUUAUUUCUUAGCCGAAUUUUUGGGAGCUAUGAUCGGUUAUGGAGUUCUAGUGGUUAUUUCACCUUAUAAUAUAUUAAAUUCAUCAGAAUCUGGAGUUUGUGUAACAAGCCCAGUUAUAGGUUUGACUGCAUGGCAAGCCGUUUUAAUUGAAGCUAUAACUACAGGGGUUUUGAUACUUUUAGUAUGUGCUGUCUGGGAUCCUAAAAGUGGUAAUGGAGAUUGUGGUCCUCUGAAAUUUUUAGCUAUGAUAUUUGUGACAUCAGUUGUUGUUGGCCCUUUUACUGGAAACAGUUUGAACCCAGCACGAUCAUUAGCACCAGCAGUCUACAACAAUUCAUGGAACAUGCAUUGGGUAUACUGGGUUGGUCCAUUUUCCGGAACAAUAACAUCAACGCUUUUCUACAAAUAUAUUUUUAUGGCAUUAGAUAACGAAGAUCGAGUAAAAUAAAGUGAUAUAUUUUUAUUAGAGCUACGUAUCACAUACCUGACACUUGACAGCAAUCGAAUUCGGUUUCUAUUGUGGUUCUUUUACAUUAAAUGCUGAAGUCAGUGUAAAUUGUGUUCUGUAAUAUCUUUUAUAGGAUAUUCAUCUCCAUAAAUAUUUGUCUACUUAAUUAUGUUUUAGUCUCUACCAAAUUAUUUAGUCUUUUAACUGUUUUAUUUAAUUUUGCUAGAUUUUUAAACUGUAAAUGAGUUAACUUUAUACAUAAACUAUGUAUACUUUAUACAUCAAGCUACAAUGUUGUUAACUCACAGUAUUAGGUAGAUUUAUUUUUGUAAAAAUUAUUUAUAUUUAUAUUUUGGCAAUAAUAGUCAUUCAUUUACAAUAUUCAUAAUAUGUAUUAUGUAUAUAUUGUAAUGAAUAUAUAUUUUUAUUUUAAGUGCAUAAUAAAUUAUUUUUUUUUAUGUAUUUAUCAUUUGGAUAAUUUCAACUAAUUAAUACAAAAUACAUAUUAUGUUAAAACAAUAUGACAAUCUAAAAAUAAGUUUUAUAACAGUAUGAAUGAUAAAUAUCAUCAUAUUCAAUUAUGUCUAAUAUUAAUAUUAAUUAUGUCUCAGCUCAAUAAGUGAUUAUUUUAUAUGUAUGGUGCCUAACCUUGUCUAUAAUAUUUUUUAUUAAAAUAUAGUAGUAUCUUAUAGUUUA